UAUUCUGUAUCGUCACUCUAACCUCUAAUACACGGUGAUACACGGCGAGUGUUUGUUUCACUAAAGGUUCGCGAUAUAGAUUUAAAAUUGGAAAAUAAUCGCAAUUUCUCACAAAUAUUAAGAUGAUUCCAGCCCAGAUAUUCCGUUUAAUUCACAGAAACAGCUUGCUAUAUACGUCAAAGAAAUCUCCAUUACAAAAGCUGCGCAGAAGGACUGGUUAUACUUUGCAAAAUUGCAAGAAAGCUCUGCAAUUAUAUGAGAAUGAUCUAGAAAAGGCUGAACAAUGGCUGAGAGAACAAGCGCAACAGCAUGGCUGGACACAAGCGGCCAAAUUGGAAGGCCGUAAUACUAGUCAAGGCCUUAUCACAGCGAUCAUUGACAAACAAUAUGCUGCAUUGGCAGAAAUUAAUUGUGAGACUGACUUUGUGGCACAGAACAAGAAAUUCCAUGGUCUCGCAGAGAAAGUAGUUGCUACUGUACUGAAUCAUGUAAAGUCCUAUGGAGUUCUGAAUGAAGUGCAGCGAAAUGUAUUCUAUGCAGACAAUCUCAAAGCUUUAAUCGCUCCGGAUGGCAAGACCCUCGGCGAUCAUUCCGCUCUAACCAUUGGCGACGUAGGCGAGAAUAUCAAUUUGAGACGCGCUUUGGCCAUCAGUGUACACUCGCCGCACAUGAUGGUAUUUGGUUGCACACAUCCGACGCCCAUGAAUCCUAUACCUGUAUCCUUUGGCAAAUAUGGUGCCCUUGUCGUUGUUAAACAUAAGAAUAAGGAGGAUAUACAACAAAUGAGCAUGCAACUCUGUCAGCAUAUCAUUGGUAUGGAUCCGCAAAAGAUUGGGAAUCCACUAGUGGACGAGCCGCAUAAUAAUGUAGACGAAGAGCCUUGCAUGCUCUAUCAAGAAUUUCUGCUUGAUCCUUCUCUUUCUGUACAACAAUUGUUAAUGGAGACGGAAACUGAUAUCGUCGAUUUUGCACGCUUCGAGGUUGGUGAGAAUUUCGACGAAGAGCCAACGAUAGAGCACGUUCAAACUUGCGGGUAAAAUCAAUUUCAAUAUUCUUGAAGAAUCAUUAUCCGGCUUUUUCGAUUAUUUUUCGCAUUUUCCAUUAGUAAUAAUUUUUAUGAUAAUAUUUGAUGAUAAUGACAGUUAUUUUUAUUGUAAAAUAAGGAAAACUGUUAUCCGAAAAAACCAUUUACAUAAUUAAUAUUCAAUAAAAAAAGAAUAGAAAUGUUAAAUCUUAU